AGUUUAACACCGGCCGGUGUGUUGUUGGUUGUUGUUGUAGUUAGUAGGCCUACAGCAAAGAGUGACGAAAGUAUCAGAUGCACCACCCAUUUUUUGCUCUGCAGAAUGUGUCAGGAGCUACCAGUUAACCUUUUGACUGCCGUGACGAUAUGCGAGACUAUAGAGGGCCUCUUGAGGGAUUCCAUCGGUCCCAAUGCACUUCACACCAUGCUGACCUCACCGUCAGGCAGAGUGGUGAUAACUGGAGACGGCCUCACCAUCUUGACUUCCUUGCAUUUGUCUCAUCCAAUAGCAAGAUGGAUCCUGCAGCAUGUCAAGAGUCAUCACGAUGUCACGGGAGACAAUUCCAAAUCGUUUGUGCUGAUCGUUACGGAACUACUGAGGCAGUUGCAGGAUGCAGUUUCACUGAAAAGCACAAGCUCGGAUUCUUCCAGUAAGCAAGACCUGAUUGCAGUCAGUCAAGCUCUGGAGACCAUCCAUUCCGAGAUCUUUCCUGAGGUGGUUCUACCAGAGCUACGGAGACAUUGUGUGUGCUUGGAUCUGGUUGAAGAAAAGAGAGGAGAUUUGAGAAGCAUGAGCAGGAAGAUUGUGAGAACUUCUCUCGGUGGGAAGUUUACUAUGCACGCAACUAAUCAUGUGGCUGAGCUAAUUGUUGAAUUGGUCUGCGGCAGUUGUCAAGAUGUUGGCAAUCUCGCCGAAACCAUGCAGGGGCUGAUCAACGACUAUGACGUGGGAUGCCUGGAGGUUCCUAACCAACCCGUCAGUAAAUCCAAACUUCUGGAUGGCGUAGUGUGCACACGAAACUUCGCCUUCCAGUCAGACGAUCUUGAUACACUGACCACUGUGCCAUUUGUCAUUCUCAGUUGCUCCCUUGACAAGUGGACCCCUGAUGUCCGUUCAACCUUGGCAGCAAAAAGUACCAGAGACUUGACAAUGUUUCUUGAGUUGGGAACAUCUCGGACUCAGUCCCUAAUUGAACAUCUCAAGGAGUGCGGGGUGAUGCUUGUUCUUUCAUCUGAACUUCUCUCAGAUGCAACGCUGUCCUUCUGCAGAGCUGCCAGAAUUUCCGCUGUUCACAUGAUCCCAGAAGAAGAAUUGAGCCGGCUUGCACGGCUGACAAAAACCGACAUAGUUUACGAUUCUACUGACAUCUUGAGAUCCACUUUAAAAAUAGGCAGUGCUAAGUUUUGUGGAUCUGUAAUGGUUGGACAAAACAUUGGUGUUCAUCUAGGGUUCAGUGAUGAGAGAGUACGCACAAAGCAACUGGUACUCUGUGCACCAACUCAAGGCAUAUGCAGGCAGUGGUUCAUGGCAGUACUCAAUGCACUCAAGACUCUGCGUAUGUGGUUGGAUACCAGCUUUGUUUCUGCCGUACCUAUGAGAGAUGGAGACAACAUCAAUAAGACCUCAAGUAGGAAAUCUAAUCCCAUGACCGUGGAAUGUGAAUGUGUAGAAAGCUUGGACCAAUCCAGUGCCAGACGUUGCGGUUCCGCUAUGCAAGAUACGACUGGGGCUCCUGAUGCACUUAUUUUGGAAUCAGAUCUCAGUCCAACAAAUAACAGCCAGCAAAAAACUGAAAUGUGUAAGCCACAAGGAAUUUGUAUCCCUGGAGGAGGGUGUACUGAGUUCCUGUUACACAGAAUAUUGUCUCGUGGUCAUGAUAGAGAUUGGAACCUGAAUCUGAAGGAUCCUGCCCUCAGCACAGCUAUCGGUAUUCUCCGGGAUGCAGCACUCUGCAUACCCAGAACCCUACACAGGAAUUCAUUCUCUCCAAAGAGUAGGAAGUCAUCCUUUUUAGAGAUUGUUUCCAAAGUGCGACACUGCAAUGCUCUUAUCAGUGUCAAUGGCAGGACGGGAGCUCUGUGCGAUAACAGUGACGCUGGUGUUUGGGAAGCCAUGUCCGCUAGGUACAUGUUGUGGAGGGAUGCUAUCAAAACAGUUCAAGACCUCCUAAGGAUUGACAUGAUUGUAGGCAUUAAAGAAGUACAAGAAGAUCAUUCUAACACAGACGAUGAAGACUCGGAUUGAACACGGCCCAAUUUUGUGGAAUUGCUUCACACUUAAAAGAAAUCCGAGCCAUCUUUGACAAAAAAAAUUAUGGAAUUUCUGUUGUGAUUUUAAGGCAAAUGCUGCUGCCAACUUUGCUUAUUAAGGUGUAAGCCUAACGCCCAUAACAAUGACUUAGUCCGACAGCUAAAAAUUGUGCAUUUGAAAACAACACGAAAUUGGCAGUUGUAAGUAUUCUUAAGAUGAAUUAACCAAAUGUAACUACAGUGUAUAUACUUGGGGAAAAAAUGCAGACCAAAGCAUUUAUUUCAACAUAGUAACUCUUUUAUUUCAACAAAAAUAGAUGAGGUGCUUGUGCUAGGUGCACGUGUGCUGAGAUAUAACAGAUAUCAACAUUAAAAGUUACUGUUUUUCAAAGACUCUUAUACUUUGGUUUUGCAGAAAGUACUGCUAAAAGGAGGGUUUUGGGCUUUCAAUGGGUGGACAAAAGAAGGCCAUAUAUCUUGCCUCUUUGAGAAGUACGUAGAACACUACUCAAUGAAAUAUAGACCUAUUUUUAAUAGUGUUGAGUAUUUGUGUUCUCAUACUAGGAUGUCCACAAAUGCAGCCCCUCUAACAAGUCAAACAACCCCAAAACCUUCAUAUUUGUAAGUAUACACAUAUAGAUAUUGUAAAAAGAUGUCCAAUUGUUUGUUUUGUUCUACAAAGACGCAGAACAAUUCAGCACACGGUCAUAUACAGUCCUCAGUAAAUGUGAAUCUUAUUUUUUGUUGACCAUUUUGUAAAACACAAGGCAUGUAAAAGAUUAAUCCUGAUGAAGUCUUCUCUGCAUUGUGUCCAUUAUCCUUUUGAAACUUGGGAAUCCAAAUAAUUGGAGGAAGAUGAUUUCUAAGGGAAAAUAUACAGAUCUUGCAAUAUUAUUUCUGUAAAAAGAUUUCAUAUUCAGUAUUGGAUAGUUUAACUGGUUUGUUAGACAAAUGCAAACUGUUUCAUAGAAAUUCCAUGGACAUGUUGUGAGCUCAACACAUACAUGUAGUUGAACUUGGUGGAUUGUUGUUGGACGUGAAGAUUCAUUUAUGUAUAGCCAAAUUCAACACACAAAUGUAGGUGCAUUUUGAAAAGUUAAGAGUUUGCUUCAUACUGUUAACAUCCUCUUUAAACUUACAGUCACAGUAUCAAAUACUAAUUACAUAGUGCAACAAAUUAAUAUUCAUAACAUAUGUAAAUCUAAAUAAUCUUUCAAUUCACAUGGAACAAACUGUUAAAUAAUUCCAAGUACUAUUUAUACAAAUACUUUGGUGCAACUUAUAGUAGCACAUUAAUUCAGCACACUUUUAAUUUCAUGAAGUUGGUUCAACAUAAAACACAUAAUCACUUCAAGGAAAUGGCCUGAUAUUUCAUCCUCAGCAAGGACUUCUUCAGAGGGAAAAAAAAAAAAAGUUCGAAGAAAUGAGAGGAAAUGUUUUAAACUUAAUCCCCUAGAAGGUACUGCUUCCCUUAACCCCCUCCCCCCCCCCCCCCCCCGACAGGUUUUCUCCGGGCACCCUGGCAAAUGCAACAAAAUGCAACUUGGCUGAAAUAAGAACCCUGCUAUAAAAAAUGCAACAAAUUGCAACAGUGGAUUCUGUUGCAUUGUGCAGUGAACCCAGUGCAUAUCAGCCUUGGCACCAAGCAGUUGCCCAAAUUUUCACGUUAUUAUUUGUUUUGAGCCUGUUUGGGGGCUUUAUUGCCUGAUUUCACAUCUUUUUUCCUGUGUUUGCACAAGUUUCCUGGGGGUUUUUUCCAUUGAAAUUCAUUCUCAUGCCUGAUUGAGUCUAUGUGUGAUGGCAUGUAUGGGUCACCAUACAAUGAAGGAUGA